CGACGACGACGACAACGAGGUGGAGGACGCGUGUGUGGACUCUUCGAAUAAAAAAAAGGAAAAGAAAAAAAAAAGAACGAAAGAAAGAAAGAAAGAAAAAAAAAAUUAUAAAAAGAAUUCGUGCUGCAUAGCCCUACGUAGGUUCGACACGGCCCUUUAUUGCGGCUCGCGAUCAGGGCGUGAAAAUCAAUAACGUGCUCGCGAAAAGGAGAGAUCUCCGGAGUUAAAUAAAAACCCAGUAGAAGGGUUUUCGGCAGGCCUCAUUGACGACAAUGAUAUUUAUAGAUGGGAGGUACUUAUUAUUGGACCUCCGGAUACGUUGUACGAAGGCGGAUUUUUUAAAGCACAUUUACAAUUUCCAAAAGAGUAUCCACUUAGGCCACCAAGAAUGAAAUUUAUAACGGAAAUUUGGCAUCCAAACAUCGAGAAAAAUGGUGAUGUAUGUAUAUCGAUUUUACAUGAGCCUGGAGAUGAUAAAUGGGGCUAUGAGAAAGCAUCAGAACGGUGGUUGCCAGUUCACACAGUUGAGACUAUUCUCAUAAGCGUUAUUAGUAUGCUCGCAGAUCCAAAUGAUGAAAGUCCUGCUAAUGUGGAUGCUGCCAAAGAAUGGCGGGAAAGCUAUACAGAAUUUAAACGAAAGGUAGCAAGGUGCGUCAGAAAAAGCCAAGAGGAGUGUUUGUAGGGGAUGAAUAAAUAUUCAACUGGAAAGACUUAUUUAAUUCUGGCAAUUUUAAUUCAGGGAAGCCGUAAGCACUGGAAGAAAGAAACCGAUGCUCGACAUAAAGCUAACGGAUAACAGUGCCACUAAAAACGGAUUAAGCCUGACCCAUCCUUACGCAGAGAGAGGGAGAAAGAAGGGGAAAAGAGUUGUGCGAAGAAAAAACUAAUGACAAAUUCGCACCUCUCCGUCGAAUCAAUUAAAGCCACAUAUGCAUGCAAACAAACAAACAAACAAACAACAAACAAACACCGUCGUCACUGAUGUACCACCAUCCAUCGUUAUAAUGAAGAUCAUGAAGUGAAAAAAAAAAACAAACACACACUAAGCUCACCUUUUUUCAUAAAUAAACAGCUAAAAAAAAAAUUAAUUUACACACGUAUAUACAAUAUUGCAAAAAGGAAAAGAAAAAGAAAAAAAGGAAAAAAAAACUCAAUUCAUCUGUACGAUUAUUACCUUACUAAAAUAUUGAUAGUUAAUGUAAACUUAACUUCCCCCCACUUCUCCUCAAACAACCACCGCCAUCACUCCCGAUUAAUCCCGUCCCCGGCCCCUUCCCUCGCCCAAUACAAACAAACAAAUGAAAAGAAACAUAAAAAAAGAAAAUAAGCAAUCCUUGUAAUUUAAAAAUAAUACGAUUAUGUUUAUCGAUCACACAAUAAUAAUUCCUUAGUGUCGUUUUCGUAUUUUCUUACUUUCGUAAAAUAUAUACAUAACAUAAAAAUAAUAAAAUUUUUGUAAAGUUCGAAAAACGGGAUAUAUACUUAAACAAACAAUCGUUGAAAUGUAAUGUGCCAGCAAAAAUGGAAGAAGAAAUACAUGCGAAUUAAUUGUAAA